CAUUAAAAAGAUAGUCUGUUUCGAAGAGUGUACAUUAAAACAAUUCAAAACUAAUUAAUCUAUAAAACAUUUUAAUUAUAAAAGAGUAAUUUUUCAAGAAUCCCAUGCUAUAUAACAUCCCAUUACUUAGCAAAUAAAAUAUAAAAACUAUGAAGGAGAUGAAUACUUAUCAUGACACAUGUAAGGAAAUUGACAAUCUUUUAUUAAAGUUAUUUUCUCUCAUGGAUGCAUUGAUGGAAGAAAGGAAUGAGAUGAAUAACUUAAUGAAGUAUGCUUAUGUUGACAUGGCUAAAGCUAGAUAUAGCCUUGGUAAUGCUAGAGUUAGUUCUUUACAAUUUAGUAUGAAGGAAAUAUCAGCACUGAAAAAUGUAAUAGCAAGAAAAGAAUCAAAUGAUGGUUAUUCGUUUAUAUCAUAUUCGGUGAUUGAUUCAAAAAUUACAGGAAAGAAUGAAAAUAAUACUACUAUUAAUGAAAACUAUAUGAGGAAAAGAAUUCUAAACAAUGAAAGUAAUGAAAUUGAUCAAUUAAUUGAAAAAACUUCAGAAUUAGAGAUGAAAGAAGAAACGAUUAAAAAGGAAAGUAAAGAUACAAAAAAAUCUCAUGAAAAAAUACAAGAUCCUCUAAAAUGGUUUGGAGUUUUAGUACCACAAAGUCUAAAAAAUUGUCAAAAGUAUUUCCAGCAGAAUAUUGAUAGAAUUGUAACUAUUGCAUCAAUUCAAAAUGAAAUUAAAUCCAUAUUAGACAAAAUUGAAUAUUUACAAACAGAAAAAAUAAAAAUGAAAAGCAAUAAAACUUAAAAAAUAACAAUAACAACUUAUCAUAGCUUUUUAAGAUUUAACUUAUAUUUCUUAAUUAUUUGGAAAUCAGUACAUAAUAAUAAAUAGAAAAAUGUAAAUGAAAUAUGUAUGUAAAUGGAAUUAAAUAU